AUGGAGAAAAUCCAUGAGAUAUGGGAGAACUUUCAGUUGAAUGAAGAGGAGGGCGAGGCCAUAGACAUUGAAUGGGAGGGGAUUCUAGAAGUCCUCCAUAAAGGAGAUCGGAGUUUGAUCAGUAAGAUCUUGUCGGAUAGGCAGAUUGGGAAGAACAUAGUUGAGUCUACUAUGGCAAAGGUGUGGAGGCUGAGCAAACCUGCUACUUUCGCCGAAAUGGGGAGAAACAUAUUCGUCAUUACUUUUGCUAAUCAUGCAGAUAAGAAUCGCGUGGAGAGUGGGAGGCCAUGGUUUUUUUAUGGUCAUAUGUUUGUGAUGAAGGCUUUUGAUGGUUAUACUCCACUUAAUAAAAUGUCCUUUGAUGUUGCUACCCUAUGGGUCCAGUUUCACAACUUAUCAUUGAUUGGUACGUCACUGGAGUGUGGGGAGAAGAUGGGAAGGUCAUUAGGAGUGGUGGAAGAGGUAGAAGUGGAUGGGGAUGAUGUGGGAUGGGGCAUGUUUCUGCGAGUAAAGGUUUUGUUGGAUCUGAAAAAACCUUUGGCUAGGGGGCGUACUAUCACUCUGCAAGGUGUGAAAACUUGGAUUCCCAUCAAGUAUGAGAAAUUAUUGUGUUUUUCCAUGCAAUGUGGAAGAAUUAUUCAAGAGGAAGAAGGAUGUCCAGUUUCUGUUUCCAUGGAGUCGAGUAGUAGGCAGUUUGGAAGCUGGCUUCGUGCAGAUUCUGGAGGUCGGAGAUCUCGUGUUUCUAGUCAAACAUGGAAUAGUUCGGAGGCAAGGAGAAGUCCGACGGGAAAAGGGAAGGCCAUGGCGGCGGAAGGUGGUGCAAAGACUGCAAUUAAUGUGAUGCAGUGA